UGCCGCACUUCUCUCGCCUGGGGGAGGUGGAGGUGAACACUGGGCAGAACGCCACCUUCCAGUGCGUCGCCACCGGCCGAGCGUCCGAGAUGGAGGAGUUCCUGCUGGAGAGGCACAGCGGGGCGGUGACUCCGGCCGCCUCAGUGAAGCGGCUCAGUUUCCGCCGCGUGGUGGCGAGCGUUCAGCUAGCGGCGGCGCAGAGCGGCGGGAGGGACCUGUACCGCUGCGUCACCCCGUCAGCCCGCGGGGCCGCCGUCUCCAACUUCGCUGAGCUCAUCGUCAGAGUUCCGCCCUCCCCCAUCGCGCCCCCGCAGCUCCUGAGGGCGGGGCCCACCUACCUGAUCCUCCAGCUCAACACCAACUCCAUCGUGGGGGACGGGCCGGUGAUCCGGCGGGAGAUAGAGUACCGGGCCAGCCGCUCGCCCUGGUCCGAGCUGCACGGCGUCAACGCCCUCACCUACAAGGUGUGGCACCUGGACCCGGACACCGAGUACCACGUCAGCGUCCUGCUCACGCGCCCGGGGGAGGGGGGCACCGGGCCCCCCGGGCCCCCGCUGGUGAGCCGCACCAAGUGCGCCGAGCCGGUGAGGGCGCUUCGCGGUCUGACGGCCACGGAGAUCCAGUCGCGCCAGCUGACCCUGCAGUGGGAGGCGCUGGGCUACAACCUGACGCGCUGCCACGCCUUCACCGUGUCCCUGUGCUACCGCUACUCGACGGCAGGGGGCGGCGGCGGGAACAACGCCACCGUGCGCGAGUGCCUGGGCGUCGAGCACAACGCCUCCCGCUUCACGCUGCUCGACCUCCCGCCCUUCCGCGCCGUCCACGUCCGCCUGACCAUCGCCAACCCCGAGGGCACGAAGGAGGGCCGGGAGGUCACCUUCCAGACGGAGGAGGACGUUCCCGGCGGCAUCGCCACCGAGUCACUGACCUUCACUCCUCUGGAUGACAUGAUUUUUCUGAAGUGGGAGGAGCCACUGGAGCCCAAUGGGGUCAUCACCCAAUAUGAGAUCAGCUACCAGAGCAUCGAGUCGUCGGACCCCACCGUCAACGUUCCGGGGCCCCGUCGCACCGUCGCUAAGCAACGCAACGAGACCUACCACAUGUUCUCCAGCCUGCAGCCGGGCACCACCUACCUGGUCUCCGUGCGUGCCCGCACCUCCAAGGGGUUCGGCCUGACCGCCCUCACCGAGAUCACCACCAACAUCUCCGCUCCCAGCUUUGACUAUGGCGACGCCCCUUCCGUUCUGGGCGAAUCGGAGAGCACCAUCACCGUGCUGCUCCGCCCAGCACAGGGCAGGGGAGCCCCGGUCAGCGCGUACCAGGUGGUGGUGGAGGACGAGGAGGGCUCUCGGAGGGCGCGGCGGGAGCUGGCGCCGCCCCCCGAGUGCUUCCCCGCGCCCGCGUCCCACGGCGAGGCCCGGGCCCGGGGCUCCGCCCACUACUACGCGGCCGAGCUGACGCCCGGCGGCCUGCCCGAGGCCGCGCCCUUCACCGUGGGCGACAACCGCACCUACAACGGGUUCUGGAACGCGCCGCUCGACCCCGCCCGCAGCUACGCCGUCUACCUGCAGGCCCUGAGCAGCUUCAGAGGGGAAACACGCAUCAACUGCAUCCGCAUCGCCAGGAAAGCGGCCUGUCGGGACGGCAAGCGCGCCCUGGAGGUGUCCCAGAACUCCGAGGAGGUGGGGCUGAUCCUGGGGGCCUGCGCGGGAGGCCUGGCCCUCCUCAUCCUCCUGCUGGGGGUCGUCAUCAUCGUCGUGAAGAAGGGGAGAGAUUUCUACUUGUACUCCUACUACCCCCGGAAGCCGGUGAACAUCGGCAGGGCUCCUGCCGCCUAUCGUCAGGAGAAGGGUCACAUGGGUGGGUGUGGCCUCUCGGAGCAGAGCGUUCCGCAGGAGGAGGAGCACGCGCCGUGCUCCUUCAUGGCCGCCCGCGCCGGCCACGCCCACAACGAGCUGCGCAGCUCGGUGGUGAACGAGUCCAGCAGCCUCCUGGGUGGCUCCCCCCUCCGGGCCUGCGGGCGCAAGGGCUCCCCCUACCACACGGGGCAGCUGCACCCGGCCGUGCGCGUGGCCGACCUGCUGCAGCACAUCAACCAGAUGAAGACCGCCGAGGGCUACGGGUUCAAGCAGGAGUACGAGAGCUUCUUUGAGGGCUGGGACAUCGCCAAGAAGAAGGAGAAGCCCAAAGGAAAGCACGGUGGCCUGCUCGGCUGUGACCGCCAUCGCGUGAAGCUGAACUCCCUGCUCAGCAGCCCCGCGUCCGAGUACGUCAACGCCAACUACAUCGACAUUCGGAUAAACAGGGAAGGUUACCAACGCUCCAAUCACUUCAUUGCUACUCAGGGGCCGAGGCCGGACAUGCUGUACGACUUCUGGAGGAUGGUCUGGCAGGAGAACUGCUACAGCAUCGUCAUGAUCACCAAGCUGGCGGAGGUGGGCAGGAUGAAAAGCUGCAAGUACUGGCCGGACGACAGCGAGGUGUACGGCGACAUCAAGAUCAGCCUGCUGAAGACCGAGACGCUGGCGGAGUACAUCGUGCGCUCCUUCAGCCUGGAGGGUCGGGGCUUCGCGGGCAAGCACGAGGUGCGGCAGUUCCACUUCACGGCCUGGCCGGAGCACGGCGUCCCCGCCCACGCCACGGGGCUGCUGGCCUUCCUCCGCCGCGUGAAGAACUCCACGCCCGCCGACGCCGGCCCCGUGGUGGUCCACUGCAGCGCAGGGGCUGGCAGGACAGGCUGCUACAUCGUUCUGGACGUGAUGCUGGACAUGGCGGAGUGCGAGGGCGUGGUCGACAUCUACAACUGCGUCAGGACCCUCUGCUCGCGACGCAUCAACAUGAUCCAGACCGAGGAGCAGUAUGUUUUUAUUCACGACGCCCUGCUGGAGGCCUGUCUGUGUGGGGAGACGUGCGUCCCGCUGUCCGAGUUCGGCCUCAUGUACAAGGAGAUGCUGAUGGUGGAGCCCCAGAGUAACACCUCUCAGCUGCGCGAGGAGUUCCAGACGCUGAAUUCGGUGACCCCCCACCCGGACGUGGAGGAGUGCAGCAUCGCCCUGCUCCCGCGUAACCGGGAGAAGAACCGCAGCAUGGACGCCCUGCCGCCGGACCGCUCGCUGGCCCUCCUGGUGACCGCCGACGGCGAGGGUGGCGGCGGCGGCGGCUACGUCAACGCCGCGCUGGCCGACAGCUUCCUGCGCCCCGCCGCCUUCGUCGUCACGCCGCACCCGCUGCCCGCCACCACCGCCGACUUCUGGCGGCUCGUCUUCGACUACGGCUGCACCUCCGUGGUCAUGCUCAACCAGCUCAACCAAUCGAACUCCGCCUGGCCGUGCAUACAGUACUGGCCAGAGCCAGGACUGCAGCAGCACGGGCCCAUGCAGGUGGAGUUCCUGUCCCGGUCGACCGAUGAUGACAUCAUCACCCGCCUGUUCCGGGUCAAGAACCUCACCCGGCCUCAGGAGGGCCAGCUCUUGGUGCGGCAGUUCCAGUUCCUGCGCUGGUCGGCCUACCGCGACGUUCCCGACUCCAGGAAGGCCUUCCUGAGCCUGCUGGCGCACGUGCAGACCUGGCAGAGGGAGAGCGGGGAGGGACGCAUGGUGGUGCACUGCCUUAACGGUGGGGGCCGCAGCGGGACGUUCUGCGCCUGCGUCAUGGUGCUGGAGAUGCUGAGGCAUCAGAAGAUGGUGGACGUCUUCUACGCCGUAAAGACACUGCGCAACUCCAAGCCCAACAUGGUGGAGACUCUGGAGCAGUACCGGUUCUGCUACGACCUGGCGCUGGAGUACGUGGAGGGCCUUGAGGAGAGAUAGCAGCUGCUCACUCCGACCAACACCUAACCCCCCCCCCCCUCCGGCCCCAAACAGAACGAACUCUGCGUCCAAUCGUCCGGCUUCUCGCUUCUCGGCGUGGUUCCCUUGUCCGGAUCAACGGGAUUUCGCGAUGUCUAAGGCUGCAAAGAAAAAAAACGAAAACAAGGUCACACCGUUAAACUUUAAUGUGCGCCCUUCGCUGUAUUUCUUUUCUGUGUGUGUGUGUGUGUGUGUGUGUCAGUUUUAACGACCUUGGCUUGUUUUUCGUGCUUACUGUUUUUCUUUCACCCCCCCGACCGUGGUGUGGGGUACAAACGGAAUGAGGACUGCCUACUUCCAGGUGCUUCUCUGAGCGUCUGACCAACCGGGCAGCACGUGAGGACUUCUCUGCGGCUCGAGGACCAGGCCCUUUGACUCGAAACGCCUUAGAGACAGAACAUUCUGCCAAGGACGUUGCAGCGUUGUAAAAAAGCGCAGAAGAUCGGGAGGAACGGCCCCGCUGGCCGCAUCGUACCCGCGUCUGAAUCCCGCUUAACGAGUUUCAAAAAAAAAAAAGUGUCUCUAUGCUGGAGCCACGGAUUUGUUCGCUUGGCAUGGAACGUUCCGAAUUUCCCCCCAGGGUUCCGCGGACCAGACUUACGUCCCCUCGGAGAACCCUUGGGGUUCUGCACGCUCGUCAGAACAGAACCCAUCUCUACCCGUUCGUUCCCGAGGGUUCCUCUCUCUCUCUCUCUCUCUCUCUCUCGCUCGCUCUCCGCUCGCUCUCCGCUCGCUUGCUUUAUGUGCAGAAGGCUUUGUUCGCUCGUGUCCGCUGGUGUUCUUGGUGUCCCGCGCGUGCGGUAAAAGAGGGGAACAGUGCUGGAGAAUCGUCGCGGCUCGCCGAGGCAGCUCUGCAGACCAAGCCCGGGAAAGGAGGCAUUGCCAUGGAAACAAGGUCAAAAUAUUCGCAGAAUGACAGGUUUUUUUUUUUAGUUUUUUUUUUUUACAUUUAUAUGUAUUCCUUGUUUUUUUCUGGAUGUUGUGUCGACUCUUCAGAAAAGUUGCAUUAAAAAAAAAGUUGAUAAUGCUG